CCUGCCCAUCAGCUCCAUGUGCACACAUCUGCACACCCGGAUGCUCGCUAGCAGACCCGAGAGAGCGCAGACAAGGAGGGAGGAGGUGCGGAGACUACAACGGAGAGGGAGCGAGCCGGAGGAGAGCCCUGCACUGCAUUAACGAGAAAGAGCACAGAGGAGGAGGUGGAUAGUUUUCUGAUGCCGAGCUGACGGUGCCCGGUGGUGAAGCGGAAAGUGGAGCGGCUGACAAUCGCAGGAUUGAUGGAGAUGGAGAGACAGCGUAGUCACCCAGCACUGCUGUACACCUGGACAAAAGAGCUGCACUGACAGAGGCCUGCAAAGUGCUUCUCACACAGUGAGUGGACGAGGAAGCUGUCCACAUACGUGAACGUUAUCGGCUGUCAGGACAGAGUCUGGCCAACUUUGAGGGGCAAACUCAGCCAUUUGGAGGGACAGAGAUGUUGUGGCAGGACAAGCAUGCAGCCCUGACUUUCAUGUCAUUACUGCUGCUACUGUGGCAGGAAGCAGCACCCAUUGAAGUCCCAGAAGACCCAAAGAUCCAGCAAGACUUGAAGCAGCCCCCAACUAUCAUGAAACAGUCAGUAAAGAACUACAUUGUGGACCCCAGAGAUAACAUCAUCAUUGAGUGUGAGGCCAAGGGCAACCCAGUGCCAACGUUUUCAUGGCGAAGAAAUGGGAAGUUUUUCAAUAUUGGGAAAGAUCCCAGGGUGACGAUGCGAAAACGCUCGGGAACCCUGGAGAUUGGCUUCCGCAGCGGAGGUCGGCCAGAGGACUACGAGGGAGAAUACCAAUGUUUUGCCACCAAUGACUUUGGAGUGUCUCUGUCCAACAAAAUCCUGCUCCGGGUCUCCAAGGCUCCUCUGUGGCCUAAGGAGGUGCUGGAGCCAGUAUCUGUGACUGAAGGCUCCGCACUGGUUCUACCUUGCAACCCCCCACCAGGUCUGCCUCCUCCGUUCACCUUCUGGAUGGACAGCAAUAUGAGUCCAAUCCCUCAGGAUAAACGAGUGUCCAUGGGUCUUAAUGGAGACCUCUACUUCUCCAAUGUUUUGGCCCAAGAUGCAAACACAGACUACAGCUGUAAAGCUCGCUUUCUGUUCACACACACCAUCCAGGAGAAGAACCCAUACAAACUCAAAGUUCAGACCAAGGAGCCAUACAAUGACACAUCUUACAAUGCCUCUGAGCCCCACGGUGACCGUAAAGUAGCAGAGUCCACGCCGACCUUCCUCUCACCAUCAGGAAGUGAGAGCUCCAAAAUGGUGCUGCGAGAUGAGCAGCUGCUGCUGGAGUGUAUCGCUGCUGGACUUCCAACACCCAUCAUCAAGUGGUUUAAGAAAGGUGGGGAGCUGCCAGGGCAGAAGGUCAAGUUUGAGAACUUCAACAAGACCCUGAAGAUCGUUAGUGUGUCAGAGGAGGACGCUGGCGAGUAUGUAUGCAUGGCCAACAACCAUUUAGGCACCAUACGCCACUCCAUCUUUGUUCAAGUUAAAGCGGCUCCUUACUGGUUACACAAGCCAUCAGACCAGGUGCUAGCCCCAGAAGAGAAUGGACGCCUGGUAUGCCGGGCCAAUGGCAACCCUAAACCUCGCAUUGAGUGGCUUGUCAAUGGGCAGCCUAUAGAGAGCUCUCCCACCAACCCAAACAGACAGGUGCUGGGAGACACCAUCAUGUUUCACUCUGUGCAGAUCGGAAGCAGCGCCGUGUACCAGUGUAACGCCUCCAACGAGCAUGGCUAUUUGUUAGCCAACGCCUUUGUCAACGUUCUUGACCUGCCCCCGAGGAUGCUGGGCCCCAAAAACCAGCUAAUAAAAGUCAUUAAGAACAACCGCACCUUCCUAGACUGCCCCUUUUUUGGUUCGCCUUUACCGGAGCUACGCUGGUUUAAGAAUGGACAGGGCAGCGGGCUGGAUGGAGGCCAGUACCGUGUUUACAUUAAUGGUACCCUGGAGAUAAAGCGGGCCCGAGCAGAGGACGAGGGAACCUACACCUGUGUGGCCAGCAGCAUCUUGGGAAAAGCUGAAAACCAAGUGCGCCUGGAGGUCAAAGAGCCGACUCGCAUCAUUCAGGCCCCCGAGCACCAGUCAGCCAUCAGGGGCUCCACGGCUCGCUUCACGUGUAGGGUGACGUCUGACCCCAGCCUUCCUGUCAGUGUGGCCUGGAUGAAGGAUGACAAGCCUCUUUACUUGGGAUGGAGGUUGAAGAAGGAUGAUGAGUCUCUGUCCAUCCCCAAUGUGAACGAGGGUGACGAGGGGACGUACACCUGCACUGCUAAAUCUGAGAUAGACCAGCUCUCAGCCUCUGCUCGCCUCACUGUGUUAGAGGUGGCCACUCUCAACCCCUCAGUCUCUAGUGCCUUGCUUCCAGCCCGUCCAGACCCCCCCAUGGAUCUGGAUUUGUCAGACCCAGCAGCACGCAGCGUUCGCCUCACCUGGAUCCCUGGAAAAGAGCACAGGAGCCCCAUCACAGAGUUCUUGGUCCAGUUUGAAGAGGACCGCUGGGAGCCGGGUAGGUGGCAGAACUUGUCAUCUUACCCUGGAGACCUCAACUCUGUCAUCCUGCAGCUCGCUCCCUUUGUCAACUACCAGUUCAGGGUCAUCGCCAUCAACUCAGUAGGUCAGAGUGAUCCCAGCCGCCCCUCGCCCCGGUACAAGACCACUGGAGCUGCACCAGAUGCCAUUCCCAAAGGCCUACGGGGUUGGGGGUCCAGAAAGGACAAUAUGGAGAUCACCUGGGAGCCUCUCCUUGAUCUGGAAAGAAAUGGUCCAAACCUGCACUACAUUGUGUGGUGGAGACGAAAAGACGCUGAAGAGGAGUGGAAUAACCUGACCACAGUGGGGACUAACCAUGUGGUCCACAAUACAGAAAUCUAUGUGCCUUAUGAGCUCAAAAUCCAGGCCAGGAAUGAGUUUGGAGCAGGACCAGAGUCUAACCUGGUCAUUGGAUACUCUGGAGAAGACAAGCCCACUGAUGCUCCCACUGACCUGCGGGUAUCAAAGGUUGACAGCACCAAAGUUAUCAUCCACUGGAACCCUGUGGACCUGAACUCUGUCCAGGGAGAGUUCAAGGAGUAUAGAUUAUACUACUGGCGUGAGUCUAGCCAGGUUCCAGGUCUGGUGGUCAGUAAGGAGAAGAAGGUCAAAGGUUUCUAUAGCACUACAGCCAAACCAUCUGGCAUGCUCAGCGACCUGGCGCCCUACUCGAACUACAAGAUGUUCAUGGUUGUGGCCAACAAUCGCUUUGAGAGUCAACCCAGCAACACUGUGGCAUUUACCACCAAAGAAGGAGUUCCAGACGCUCCAAGGUUCUUCAAGAUUAAUCGCAGAAGUUUGGACAUGAUCCACUUGGAAUGGGCGAAACCUCUGGAGCCCAAUGGCAUCCUGACUGGAUACCAGCUCAAGUACCAAACAGGUGAACUCAUCUUAUUUGUCAAACUCAUGUGCAAUAUGUAAAAUAUGGCUGUG